GGCUCCCUUGUGUCACUUUCACAUCAGCGGCAGCUGCUCAACUAUGAGCGCGACUCCUGGAUUAACGCUCCCAAGUACGUAACUGUUUGUAGCGCCAAUCUUUGCUUUUCUUCUUUUUUUUUCCUUUUUUUUCUUUGCCCUUCCUUCCUGCCUUUCUUUCUUCCUGCCUUUCUUUCUUUCUUUCUUUCUUGCUUUCUUGCUUUCUUGCUUUCUUUUUUGCUUUCUUUUUUGCUUUCUUGCUUUCUUUUUUGCUUUCUUGCUUUCUUGCUUUCUUGCUUUCUUGCUUUCUUGCUUUCUUCAAUUUACUCGGUCCGUCAGCGGCUGGCUCCUUUUCGCAUCCUCCCCUCCUCUUCCAGCAAGCCUGCGGUCAUGGCUUGCGCCGCCCGGCUGUUUGACAACUUGAGCGCGCAGUGAGGUAGACGCACCUGCAUGGGUGGAUUGAUGCUCCUACCAUAGAGUCAGUCAGUCAGUCAGUCAGUCAGUCAGUCAGUCAGUCAGUCAGUCAGUCAGUCAGUCAGUCAGUCAGUCGUAGCACGUAGCAUCCGAAGGAAAUUUGAGCGAGCGAGCGAGCGAGCAGCUGGAGGGAGGAUGCAGGGGACGUGUUGGUGCGCCGUGUUCCUCCUCAUGCCUGUACUAAACCUGAUUGCGAGCGUCCGCUCGUCGAGUUCCGGGACGGUCAAGUCCGGGAGCCCCAAAUGGACUCUCAAGCGCGUGUGGACAGAAAGCGGCAAGGACGCGUCCAUAAGCAGGCUGCUGCUACAGACUCUGCACGGCAAAGAGAACGAGACGGCGCUGGACCUGCGUUACGACACCCCGGAGCCUUAUUCGGAACAGGAUCUGUGGGAGUGGUUGAGGAACUCCACCGAGCCGCAGGACUCGCGGCGGCCCCGGGCCAAACGGCGGCCCAUGGUCAAGACGGGCAAGUUUAAAAAAAUGUUUGGCUGGGGGGACUUCCACUCCAACAUCAAGACGGUCAAACUCAACCUGCUGAUCACGGGUAAGAUCGUGGAUCACGGCAACGGCACGUUCAGCGUCUACUUCCGCCACAACUCCACGGGGCAGGGCAACGUGUCGGUCAGUUUAGUCCCUCCGACCAAGAUCGUGGAGUUGGACGUGGCGGCGGCGCAGCAGUCGGUCAUAGACGCCAAGGACUCCAAGUCCUUCAAUUGCCGCAUCGAGUACGAGAAGGUGGAGAAGGGCGCCAAGAACACGCUGUGCAACUUUGACCCGUCCAAGACGUGCUACCAGGAGCAAACCCAGAGCCACGUCUCCUGGCUCUGCUCCAAACCUUUCAAAGUCAUUUGCAUCUUCAUCGCCUUCUACAGCACCGACUACAAAUUGGUUCAGAAAGUGUGUCCCGACUACAACUACCAUAGUGACACUCCCUAUUUUCCAUCCGGCUGACGGCCACAACAAAAAUAGGGUUGAGCGAGACACCGAGGAAUGUGUAUCCAACCCCUGGCCGUUGGAAUAUGUAGAUAUCAGGGCUUGACGGAUUAAUGGAUUAAUGGAUGGAUGGAUGGAUGGAUGGAUGGAUUGAUUGAUUGAUUGAUUGAUUGAUUGAUUGAUUGACUGACUGACUGACUGACUGACUGACUGACUGACUGACUGACUGACUGACUGACUGACUGACUGACUGACUGACUGACUGACUGACUGACUGACUGACUGACUGACUGACUGACUGACUGACUGACUGACUGACUGACUGACUGACUGACUGACUGACUGACUGACUGACUGACUGACUGACUGACUGACUGACUGACUGACUGACUGACUGACUGACUGACUGACUGACUGACUGACUGACUGACUGACUGACUGACUGACUGACUGACUGACUGACUGACUGACUGACUGACUGACUGACUGACUGACUGACUGACUGACUGACUGACUGACUGACACAAAAGUAGGUAUAUACGUAUAUAUGUGCAUAAUCCAAUGAGGUCUAAUAUACAGUACUGUCAUAUUUUAGAGCACUGUUAGAUGAUAUUUUUGCUUGAAUUGAUUUGUUUUGGUUCAGACAACUUUGCUAUCAAUAUAUCCUAGAUUUAUGAUUUCAGUAAAGCAGGUAUGAAGACAACACUUGUAAAAACAAAGAUGAGUAUUGCAGUCGACGUGUGUUUAGUGUGUGAGCUGGCGGUCUGAGUAGAGCUGAAAUAAAUGCGUUCGGAGCAUAAGCGCUCCGUCCGCUAGCCGCUGAUAACAUUUCAACACGAGCGAGCGCUCCUCAGUCGUCUCGGGAAGGCCGCUACUAAGAGAUUCUCUCUCGCUCUCUCUCGCUCUCUCUCAGCUAAGUUUGGGGACUGGCGUGAUAUACAACACAUGUUGUAGAAAUGUCAUGUAUUGAAUUCUCUAUCUUAUUGCCUACUUUGUCUGAAUGGUUUGUAUUGUAAAUAGUUUUUUUCGGUUCCUCCUGCUGCUUCUGUAUAUGCACCCUGUGAGCUGUUUGUGCUGCUACUACUAACUCCUCCUUUCUGGCUUAGUCCACUCCUAUGACGCUUGUUCAAAGAAAAGAAUGGCGCUGCGGCCCUAGAUGUGAUCUUAGCGCUAACAGCAAUCCUGUACACAACCGAAAGACAGGCAGCCCACACCCUGUACACCACACGUAUUGGUUAGGAUUGUCUUUAUUGGCAGAAACCUUUGUACAUAUGAAUAAAAAUAGCGUCCA